AUGGUGUAUCGCAAUAGGUCAAAGAGCUUCCUGUCCAAACACAGCAAAAAGAGCGACGAAAAGGUGCAUUUCAAAUCAGCUUCGAAAAAGAAAUCUAAAAGCAAGGGCAAGAAAAGAUUCAGAAUAUAUUGGAGGUACAUUUCUAUUAUAUGGAUCUUAUGGUUGGGGUUAAUUUACUACCAUGAAUCAGCGGUUGUGAAGAGAGCAAUGAAAAAAUGUCAAUGGUCAGCUUGGGAAAAAUGGCCUAAGGGCGCUGAAAGUCAUAGGGUGGGUUUAUUUGCCGACCCACAAAUAAUGGAUGAAUAUUCAUAUCCAAAAAGACCUCAAAUAGUUAAUUACUUCACAAGGGUUCUUGUUGAUCACUACCAUAAAAGAAAUUGGAAAUAUGUUCAAUAUUAUCUAGAUCCUGAUAGCAGUUUCUUUUUAGGUGACUUAUUUGAUGGAGGUAGAAAUUGGGGCGACGAACAAUGGAUCAAAGAGUACACGAGAUUCAAUCAAAUAUUCCCUAAGAAGCCAAUGAGAAGAACAGUUAUGUCUUUACCAGGUAACCAUGAUAUUGGAUUUGGAGAUACAGUCGUUGAAUCGAGCUUAGAGAGAUUUUCUGCCUACUUUGGGGAAACUUCUUCUUUCCUAGAAGCAGGAAACCAUACUUUUGUUCUUUUAGAUACAAUUUCGCUGUCAGAUAAAGCGAAUCCAAAUGUCUCAAGGAUUCCAAUGGAGUUUUUGAAUAAUUUUGCAAGAAGUUCACAUCCAUAUCCUAGAAUCCUUUUAACUCACGUUCCUUUGUGGAGAAAUCCUACACAACAAACAUGUGGAAAAUUACGUGAAUCUAAGGACCCUUUUCCUAUCCAUAAAGGUGUUCAAUAUCAAACAAUUAUAAACGAAGGUAUAUCUCAACAAGUUCUAACGAAAAUUCAACCAGAAAUUCUAUUUUCCGGAGACGAUCAUGAUUAUUGUCAUAUAACACACUCAUAUCAAUCCCAAGGAGAAAAUAAAAUUGCAGAAGAAGUCACAGUAAAAUCAUGUGCAAUGAACAUGGGGAUCAGUAGGCCCGCUAUCCAACUACUCUCCUUAUAUAAUCCUUCAGAUUUGAGAACUGUAAAUGCCGGAGAAGAUCAUGAAUCAAAAACUUACCAAACAGAGUUAUGUUACAUGCCAGAUCCCUACAAGGCUAUAAUAAUGUACCUAUGGGGGUUAUUAUUUUCUACUGCUUUUGUCCUAUACAUGCAUUUCUUUCCAAAAUCUUUUAAUUUUUACGUAGCAACCAGAAUGGAUAGACUACUUACACGUCCUGACAGUGGCUCUUCGGAUUUGCCACUGCCUACAAGCGUAUCCAAAUCCAAAUCCAAAAAAUCACUGGUACAUUCAAAAUACGCUGUAAAUGAUACGCGUUCGAUCAAACAAUUUAUUGCUAAUGCGGCUGUAAUAUUGCUAGCCGUGAUAACUAUUUUUGUUUAUUUUUAUACUGUUAUCUAA